UCCAUUUAUAUCCUAACAAACCAACAACAGGGAGCCAGUCACCUUCCUCUCCUCUCUUUUCUUUCUGCCACGACCACCGCCGCCGUCACCAUGAUGUGGUCACCGGCGGUGAGAAGAGGUGGCUUGGGGAUGGCGGCGAUUUCCUAUGUGGCAAUAGACUAUCUCCGUUACCUGUCUCCCGCCUGGCACGCGCCUCUGCAGCCGGCUCUCUGGUUCCUCCUCGCUCUUCUGGCGAUCACACGUGUUCCUUUCUACAAACAUUGGAACUCUGAGAUACGCGCGGCUAUUCCCUUUGUUUUGUCCAUGGUUUUCAUGCUCUCUGCUCUUCUCUUUGAAGCUCUCUCAGUUCGCUUCGUCACGGCAGUUCUUGGCCUGGACUGGCACCGUGAUACGAAGCCUCUUCCUGACACUGGCCAGUGGUUGCUCCUGGCAUUAAAUGAGCGACUUCCCGAAGCAGUAGUCGAGAUAUUAAGAGCUCAUAUUAUUGGACUGCACCAUUUCCUUAUGUUGUUUAUGAUGCUUGCUUUCUCUGUAUUGUUUGACUCUGUAAAAGCUCCUGGCCUUGGGCUGGGGGCACGGUACAUGUUCACCAUGGCAAUUGGCCGUCUUCUUCGUGCUAUGACUUUUGUAUCUACAAUUUUACCAUCAGCCCGACCAUGGUGUGCAUCAGUUCGAUUUAGAGUUCCUGGAUAUCCUCACCGUUGGGCACAGAAAUAUUAUGUUCCUUAUGCCUCUGAGGCUGAUGCUAUCCGUCAAUUAAUAAACCGGGAUAUUGCAUAUGUUGAUACCGGAAAUUAUGUUGGUGAUUACCGUCCAGACUGGGGUGUAAUGAGCUUCCUCAUUGAUUUUCUGAGACCCAAUCAUGGAGAAGGAUCUACAUGGUACAGUGUCCUAAAAAAAGCUGGCGGUGGCUGCAAUGACCUCCUUUAUAGUGGUCACAUGCUUGUUGCUGUACUAACAGCUAUGGCCUGGACGGAGGCAUAUGGAGGUUUUAGCUCAGCUAUUAUUUGGCUGCUUGUGAUGCACAGUGCUCAGAGAGAAAUACGAGAACGCCACCACUAUACUGUAGACUGUGUCGUGGCCAUUUACGUGGGCAUCCUCCUUUGGAAGAUGACAGGUUUUAUUUGGUCAAACAUUGAUGCAAGAAGUGGAAGACGGCUUUCAAAACUUGAGAAGAUCCAAAAUAGAUUGAUUCAAGCUGCAAAAGAUUCUGACAUGGAUGAGGUUAGGGAGCUACUCAAAGACAUUGAUAUGAGCAGCGAAGAGAGCCAGAAGAAAGGUUCAAACCGUGCAGUAUGGUUUUUUGCUUGUGUGACAAUGUUCUCAGCCCUUACCAUGGUUCUUCUGGCCUUCACCUUGACCAGUGAUGGAUAGCUAUUUCUUGCAUUGACUUCCUGCCAUGGUUUUGAAGUAGUAAACAGAGAUGCUGACAUGUUUAACAAAAUAGGCAGUAGCUUGGCUUGGCAAACAAGUGCUUAACUCCUGGCAUUAUGAGGCCUAACUGCUCACUCAGACAUUAGGCAUUUUCUCAUCAGGCAACCCCCAGUUAAAGCAGUGAACCAACCAUGCUAUAGCGAGUUGAACGCUAACCAGACCCAACUGCAUUCCUAGGCAUCCUCUCCGACCUGCUCCAAAUGGAAUAAGUCUAAAAUCAUGUCCUCGGAUAUCCACAUUGACAUUGUUGCUUCCAGAAGAUCUCUCUGGUAUAAAUUUUCAAAAUUUUCCGAGCAUACUUGUGGAUCUUGACCCAUUGCCAGAGAUUUACCAUCACCAUUGAUUUCUUCAGUAUAAAAUGUGCAUGGAUAGUUAUAUCUUCCAUGGAUUCAUGUACCAAGAAAGGUCCAACAGAGUGUAGCCAAAAAGUUUUCUUUAUAACCAUGUCCAAAUAAGUUAGCUUGUCCAGAUCUGUCUCUUUCACCAUGAUGGAUGAGAUGCAGCCUAGCCUUAUGUACAUGAUGAGGCCGUAGGUUUUGGCUAAAUGGGUGAGAGUUCGGUGUGGGAGUUUGUCUGUCAGCAUGUGGAGGUGACGGAUGAUGGGUAAGGCUGGAGAAGCUGGCUGAAGCUUUUCACCAUCUCUGUUUCGACUUGGGUGGCGGAGAAUGAGAUCCAAUUAGAAGAAGAAUCCCAGGAGGAUGAAGAAUAUGGCGAUGGUGAUAGAUGAAUGACAUAUUUGGGUUGCAGAGACUCUGAAAACAGAGAAGCCACAUGUAGAAGCUUACCAUAUAUCCACGUUUUAUAUAUAUGGUUGUUAGUAUCGGCUGACUUAUGGUUAUUGUCUAACACACACUAUGUAGUAUAUAUCUAUAUUGAUAAUAUUGAUCAAUACAGGAUAAACAUAUGCCAGCUUACUGCUCUUAA